AUGAAACCGUGGAGAAGGUGUGGGAGAUUUUUUUAUUGUUAUGUCAUUCAUAUUAGGAAAUUAUCAGUUAUUUCUGUGGACAAACCAAAGCCCUCAAUGGUUGAAAAUGUUGUUCCCAAGGAUCGUGUGUCAAAUUUGCACCAUCUUUUGCAGUUAUGUGUAAAAACAAGAUCAUCCAUGGGAGGAAGAGCAUGCCACGCUCAGGUUAUUCGUGUUGGCUGGGAAAUGGACGUAUUAACAUCAAAUAUGUUGAUUAACAUGUAUUCUAAAUGUUCUUUAGUUGAUAGUGCACGCAACAAAUUCAAUGAAAUGCCUGUGAAAAGCUUAGUUUCAUGGAAUACCAUGAUUGGAGCACUAACCCAGAAUGCCGAGGACCAGGAUGAAGCUCUAACUCUUUUAAUUCAAAUGCAAAGAGAAGGAACACCAUUCAAUGAAUUUACCAUUUCUAGUGUUCUAUGCCAGUGUGCCUUCAAAUGUGCUAUACUCGAGUGCAUGCAGUUGCAUGCUCUUUCAAUUAAGGCUGCCAUAGAUUCAAAUUGUUUUGUUGGAACUGCUUUACUCCAUGUCUAUGCUAAGUGCUCUUCAAUAAAAUAUGCAAGUCAGAUAUUUGAGAAUAUGCCUGAAAAGAACGCUGUUACAUGGAGUUCAAUGAUGGCUGGAUAUGUGCAGAAUGGGUUUCAUGAGGAGACCUUGUUACUGUUCCACAAUGCUCAGUUAAUGGGUUUCGAGCAGGACCCAUUUAUGAUUUCAUCUGCUGUUAGUGCUUGUGCAGGCCUGGCAACAUUGGUUGAAGGGACGCAACUGCAUACCAUUACACAUAAGUCUGGAUUUGGGUCAAACAUAUACGCUGCUUCCUCCCUUAUAGACAUGUAUGCCAAAUGUGGCUGCAUAAGAGAAGCAUAUCUUGUGUUUCAAGGUGUGGUGGAGGUUUGGAGCAUUGUUUUAUGGAAUGCAAUGAUUUCUGGGUUUGCCAGACAUGCUCAUGCACCAGAGGCUAUGAUCUUAUUCGAAAAAAUGCAGCAGAGGGGCUUUUUUCCUGAUGAUGUAACAUAUGUAUCUAUACUAAAUGCAUGCAGUCAUAUGGGUUUACAUGAAGAAGGACAGAAGUAUUUUGAUCUCAUGGUCAGACAGCACAAACUUUCACCAAGUGUCUAUCACUACUCGUGUAUGAUUGAUAUUCUUGGUCGAGCAGGAAUGGUUCACAAGGCUUAUGACUUAAUAGAAAGAAUGCCAUUUGAUGCAACUUGUUCUAUGUGGGGUUCACUUUUAGCCUCGUGUAGAGUUUAUGGCAAUAUUGAGCUUGCUGAGAUUGCAGCCAAGCAUCUGUUUGAAAUGGAGCCUAAUAAUGCAGGAAACCACAUCUUGCUUGCAAAUAUAUAUGCAGCUAAUAAAAAGUGGGACGAAGUUGCGAGAGCAAGGAAGCUUCUCCGAGAGAGUGAUCUGAAGAAGGAGAGAGGUACAAGUUGGAUUGAAAUUAAGAAUAAAAUUCAUGCAUUCACUGUUGGUGAGAGAAAUCAUCCACAAAUCGAUGAGAUUUAUACCAAGUUAGAUGAUUUGUUGGUAGAGUUGAAGAAGCUUAAUUACACGGUUGAUACCAAUAAUGACCUGCACGAUAUGGAAGAGAGUGGGAAACAGAUGCUUUUGAGGCACCACAGUGAGAAGCUUGCUAUUACCUUUGGAUUGAUGUGUUUGCCUGGUGGUAUACCAAUUAGGAUUAUAAAAAACCUCAGAAUUUGUGGUGAUUGCCACACCUUUAUGAAACUUAUGUCCAAGUUUACGAGCAGGGAGAUUGUUGUUCGAGAUACAAACCGUUUUCACCACUUUAAGGAUGGAUUAUGUUCGUGUCGAGAAUUUUGGUGA